ACACACACACACACACACGAGACCAUUCAUUUAUUAUUUCAUUUAUUUUUUCAUUCAUUCAUUCAUUCCGAAAAGAGCCCGGGUGACGUCAUCGCCCCAUCAGCAGGGCACUCUCAAUUUUCUACAUGGCCCCGCCCCCUCGUAUCCGACGUCACCGCCGCUCGUUAACGCGCUCUCGCGUUCACGCGCGCACCUGCAGCUCGUUCAUGACUCAAAGCAGCAGAUCCUCCUCCUCCUCAGUCUCCUUCUUCUCCUCCUCUUCCUCCAUCUGUGUCGUGUCUCUCCGGGAAUGAGAAGGAGCGAUGGCGGGCUGUGGCAGCGAGGAGAAAGCUUACCGCCGCUUCCUGGAGCUCUUCCUGCGGGAGAUGCGGCCGCCGCUCCGCGAGGACUCACCUGUGCCCGCGCGCCCUUUGUCGGACACGGUGACUGAGGACGAGGUGGAAGGGGAAUGUCUGGACCUGUGUCUGCAGCACCUGUGCAAAUAUAAUUGCCCGUUCCCCCUGGCAGCAGGUUUGGCCCGUGGUACGGCUGACUGUGUUCUACAGACGGAUCUCUCCAGCUGUCACCUCAUCAAGACCACCGAGGACGGCACAGAGGCCGAGACUCUUCCUCAGAUUGAAGCAGUGAAGUUUGCUCGUCUGGUAUUUAAUAAGCUGUGUGAGACGUGCUGCCUGUGGCUGAAGGGAUUCCCACCGAGACGUCGCUCUCAGGUUUACUACGAGACGUCGAUCCACGCCAUCAAGAACAUGAGGCGCAAAAUGGAGGACCGACACGUCAUCAUCCCAGACUUCAACACACUCUUCAACCUGCAGGAUCAGGAGGAGCAGGCGUUCUUCGCGGUGUUCGAUGGUCACGGUGGUGUCGAUGCUGCAACCUACGCCGCGAAUCACCUCCAUGUCAACCUGGUGAAACAGGAGAUGUUUAGCCAAGACCCUGUAGAAGCUCUGUGUCGAGCCUUCAAACACACCGAUGAGCACUUUGUACAGAAAGCAAAACGAGAGAAUCUGCGCUGUGGCACCACUGGGGUCGUAACCUUCCUGCGAGGACGGACUCUGUACGUUGCCUGGCUUGGAGACUCUCAGGUCAUGCUGGUGAAAAAAGGACAACCUGUGGAGCUGAUGAAACCCCACAAACCAGAUAGAGAGGAUGAGAAGCGGAGGAUCGAGGCUCUGGGUGGGUGUGUGAUCUGGUUCGGGACGUGGCGAGUGAACGGCAGUUUGUCCGUGUCGAGAGCCAUCGGAGACUCUGAACACAAACCGUACAUCUGCGGCGACGCUGAUCACGGCCUGUUCCCCCUGGACGGUACUGAAGAUUACCUGAUCCUGGCGUGUGAUGGUUUUUACGACACGGUGUGUCCGGAGGAGGCGGUGCGUGUCGUCUCUGAUCACCUGCAGGAGAAUAACGGAGACACGGCCAUGGUGGCCCACAAACUGGUGGCCUCGGCCCGUGACGCCGGCUCUAGCGACAACAUCACAGUCAUCGUGGUGUUCCUCAGGGACCCCCGAGCUCCACCUCCAUCCGACGAGCAGCAGGAUGAUGAAGAGGAGGAAGCUGAGGAGGACGAGGAAGUGGAGGAUGAGGAGGAGGAGGAGAUGCAGGCCGAGUUGGUGUGUCAGGACGGCGGAGGGGAGAACGGAGGGAAAGGGCGCAGCGGCUGGCCCCUGCAGCAGUGCUCGGCUCCUGCUGAUCUGGCUUACGAAGAGCGCACCGACUCGUUCACGGACCGGACGAGUCUGAGCAUCACGGGGCCCGAUCUCCUGCUCACGCCUGGCAGCUGCUUCUGCCCCAUCUCCAGCUGCUCAGAGCCAGGGCUGAAAGGAGGAAGAGGGCGCCGGCUGUGCCCCAAACCUCAAGUCCCAUCCUGCAGCGGACGCUGGCUGGAGGCGGCGGCUCUGUUCCCUCAGCAGGGACGGAGAAAGAGGAGGAUUGAUGAGGCGCUCGAGCGCAGGAUGGAGGAGAAGCAGCGCAUCCGAAAGAAGUCGGUGUGUCGCCGUGUCCUGAGCUCCCGGCCUCACGUACCUGAACCGUCACGCUACGCCGAAACCAGGCCCGGAGUCGCAGCUCCACGCUUAACACACGAAUACGCCAUCUAAACACACACACACACCCACACACCAGUGCAUUUCCUCGUUAAUGUCAAACCAUAUUUUAUACACAUUACAUCUGCUACAGUAAUACACCUGUUUCCCCUCA